UUUCCCCAAUGAACACAACCUGUAGAAAAACAAAACACAAAUUCCUGGUUUGGAGUGUCUAAGUCUGACAGUCACAUGGGAAACGCCCUUUGUGGUGAUCAGUUUCAUGUAAUACUUGGAAACCAUGCUUCCAUCAACAUGAUAAAAGAUGACGAUGACAGCGACGACGAUGACAGCGACGACGAUGAUGAAGAUUGCGAGUGUUGGAUUAUGCGAUACAACAUAUUUAUGACAAACUGCACACUCAUGCUUGGUAAAUUUAUGGACGAUCGUGACCGUGUCAAUGUCGUAGUUCUCGGUCUCACGGACCACAUAUGUUAUGGCCAAGGUGAUGCUCCGGGACCGUCCAAUAAGAUCAUGUCUAAAUACAGCACAAACAAUAAUCAAUCAGCAAACAUGGCCUGGUUGGGGUCGGAGAUCUCAAAAAAUCAGUCUCAACCAUCUGCUUCACACCAACAAUUAGGAUUAACCUCGCAACCAGUUUUGGACAAAAGAAAUCCAAAUUUUUUACCAAAUCCGCCGCAACAUGGUCCUAAGGAAAAUAAGAGAUUACAGUUGAUUGACAAUCAAGACAUCAAAGGAAAUGGGAAUGGUAAUAAUAUUGAAGGGGAUCAAAAGUUUAAAAUUUCUAUUCCAUUUAAAUUUGUCAACAAUUUCCUAAAAAUGUAAAUGCACGAAGCCAAUGCUUAAUGGAAGUGAAUCAUAGUUUUAAGUUAUUAUUAUUAUGUCUAGUCAUAUAUUGUGCCUAACAAUAAAAUCCUAGGACAUCCAAUGAUCUUUAUGAAUCUAAAUAAGAUGUAAUAAACUUGUGUAUGCGUGCAUAUAUUUUUU